GGCUGCUGCGGCUCGGGCGCGACAGUUCUACCCCAACCAUUGCCGGUUGACUUUCGCGAGCAGCCCGUUACGCGGAGAACUAACCCUUUCGAGACGGUCCCGAUUCGCGACCCCGACCUUUCCUGGGCAUCUUUCGCGGAGAAAUAUCGCGAACGAUCCCGUCGUACGUGUGGCGCGCAUCGGGGAACGCAUGGUGAUCCGCGAACGUGUAACAGGACGCGGACACGGAGGGACAGAGGGGACGAGAAAAACAAGGAAGAAGGGGAAGGACGGUUUACGCGCGACGGAAACACGGAGCGUCGAGCUGCGGCAUGUGGAAACGCCUCGAACCGAAUGAGAUCGUCGCCAGCUGCCCCGCGACCGCGAAACGACGUGUCACGCGUUUGAAUCCCAAACCGGAUCGAGCACUUCGCGAAAGAUGGGCGCGCGACUCGUGCCCUGAGUCGUUCACCGAGAGGCAGAUACGGAAAUCGUCGAUCGUUCCGCGCGCGACACCCUUGGUCCUGGACUCGUCCUGCACGGGUCGCGUUUAAUAUCGCGCCAAGGCACAGAAGUAAAUCGAACGUGGUACGAUCGAGACUCAGCGAGCGCGUUCGAUGCAACGGUUACGCGCGACCGUUCGGCUCAACGUCGUCGUGCGAGAUUUUGGCGCGUCGGAACGACGCGACGCGGGCCUGACAAUGAAGCGAACCGAACGAACGAUGAUACGAGCGAACCGAUAACGAACGGCGUGAAAAAGUUCAUUCGCGGGAACCACCCUCCGACCGCCCACGUCGUUGAGACGGACACGCGUCGUCGAUCGCGAUCGAGGAAGCGGCGCGUCCUCGUGCGAUGAAACGAACGAGUUAACGACGCGUCGCGUCACGACCGUACUAUCACUGCUCGACCGUUUCUCGCUUUUUACGAGCAGUUAAACCGUUGUUAACCCGUUGUGUUCGACGCCCGUACGGCGUCGUUGCAUAGAAUACGAUAUUGCGCGACUAUGCGACUCGUUGAUAUAUUGAAUCACAGAUAUUAUACGAUGUUACGCGUUUAAAGAUAAUCAAAUUUAAAGGGGGAUAAGGCGCCGGCCGCUGUAGGUUGUAGAAAAUAAAGUGGAGUGUCGCGAAGGUUCGAGAGCCGCUGACUUUCCGCGUUAGCGGUACGCGGUUAAGCGCCCAAUAUACUCGACCCGAAAAUAAAACUGCCGCACCGUUAAUUAUUUAAUCGAUUGAUAAUCGUCUCCUUUUUCACCACACUCCGCCCUAUCGGCCACCCUAGGCACGCUCUCCACCUCGUCCUCCGCCAUCUCGUUCCUUUCUUCUCCUACCUACUUCUUACCCGUCGAACGGCGUUCAACCUCGAUAAUCGUCGGAAAGUACGUUAACGCGUUCUCUCGAUAUGCUCAAUUAGCCGCAAGUACAAAGGAUCCGCGAGAGCGAAAACUAUUUUUCUCCGAACCGCCUGAUUACAAUUACACGCACUCCGUCGACUCCAGAAACUCUGUCCAGACGCAACUUUUAAGGGAGCUACCUCACAAGAUUACGCUUCACUCUCGUACGUUCGAUUCGUCCCUUAGUUGUUCGACGCGGCUCGAUAACGUUCGAACCGAUAGCUGGAUCGACGCGAUACAGAUUUCGUUCGGCGUCCCAAGGACAACGGAUCCUCGGGUCAGUCGCGUUCCUCUUCGAAUUGGAAUCUUGGCAACAGCCCCGUGAAGUCGACGCGGCUGCCGUUCGGAGGAGAAACGGAAAGGAUUAUGCACCUCUCGCGAGCGUCACGGAGAUAAUGUCGCUGGCGACGAAGGAGAUCGAAACCGAAAUCGGACGAUCGAUAUGCUCGCGGGAAUCAUAAAGAACGCAUUCCGUGGGAUAAGUAACGAGGCAAAGCAGACGCAGUCAUGUCAUGGGAAUCUAUCUCUUCGAGAGACUACCUCGGAGGUCCGGCCAGCCAUCAGCUGUCGGCGACCGCGCUGUUGGGUAGUCCGGAUGGAUCGCGUCAUCACCUCGACGUGUGCGAGUUCUCCGAGGAGGACUAUCGGCAUCAAAGUACCAAUGGGAACGGGCAUUACCAGAACGGCAGGCCUGGCGCUGGUUUAUGGGAAUGUCUGACAGGUUGCAGACGACGUUUCGACCAGCACUUGGCCCGACGACGGGUGGAGCAGGGCUUGAAGCUGUACCGCGCCCACAAACAACAGGCCGCUGUUCGCAAAUGGAUGGGCGCGCUGAAGAACAUCAGGCAACGAGAAGACAAGUUCGCUCUUCUCGGAUACCUGUAUCAAGCUUACAUGGAUUGGGGAAAGUAUAGGGACAGCAUCGACUUCGGUCAAAAGCAAUUGUGCAUCUCGGAGGAGCUGGAUUCGCCCAAUAUGCGAGCAGAGGCGUACUUGAAUUUGGCGAGGGCUCACGAAAGACUGGGCGUUCUCGACAGGGCCCUGGAUUACGCGAGACACAGCUUGUACAACGAAUGCGACCAAUGCGCGACCGCCGGAUUGGUUCACCUAACCGUGGGCAGAGUGCACUUGGAGCUGGCAGGCUUCUGCAAAGCUCUGGAAGCCUUUCAGAGAGCCCACAAAAUUUCUCAUUCCAUUCAAGAUCCUUCGUUGGAGUUGCAGGUGUACGUGGGCCUGUCGGAGCUCUUCUGCAGAUUGCACGAUGCCGAUAAAAGCGCGAGAUACGCGGCACAGGCGUACGAUCUGUCGAGGAGUUUGCAGCUCGGCGAUCUAAAUUCGCGGCAUCACAGAGCGGCCCUCCUUCAAAUGGCCGCUGCCCUUCGGAAAAAAGGAGAACUCGGUGACGCUCACGAUUAUUGCUCGGAAGCAAAGCGUUUGUCGCGCGUUUCCGGCGAUCGAGCUAGCUACGCCAGGAGUAUACGGAUAAUGGGAGAUAUUUAUAGGAAAAAGACCGAUAUAAACAAAGCGUUUCGACAGUACAAGAACGCGAUGGGAUUCGCGGCGCGGACCGGAGAUGGCCUCUGCCAAAUGGAAGCGAUGGAUGGUGCCGCAAGAUGUCUCGAGGCUCUUCGGCUUCAACACAAAAUAUGCAACUGUCGAUCUCUCGAAUUGAACACGAGACUACUCGAAGUCGCUGGAUCGUUCGGUGCUAAGUUCCUGGUACGAACCGUAAGGUCGAGACUCUCGCGGAUUUACGGCUCUCUCGGUGACGAGGAACAAAAGGCCCAUCACGAGAGAUUAGCCGCGGCAAUGGAGGAGGAUUUGGAGUUACGAUGCGGCGGCUGUAACGAGUCCUUUGGUCUCGAAGCCGACUCCUUGGAGGCUCUACCUUGCUCUCACAUUCUGCAUGCCAGGUGCGCUUACGACAUCUUGAAAAGGCGCGAUAAAAAGAAAAAACGUCUGUGCCCCGACUGUCACAAGUCAGUUAGUUCACGAUUGUACCUGCAUUGCGAGGAUCCUCACGGCAUGAAUACUUUGAAUCACAGUUCCUUGAGUCUGGCAUCGUUGAAAGCCAGCAGUCUAGCUACACUGGACGACUGUCACGCCACCAGCAGCGUCUAGGCGGUUCACCUAAGCUAACGUACGCGCGUGUUAAAGUUGCGAUUCGUUCGAUUUCGCGGAAAAUUGAAUGCACACGCAUACACUGGUCCCAAGAUACGAGACAAGAUCACGACGAAUUAUCCACAGCAAGAUGACAGGACGAACGCGAUGAUUGUAUCUACCUUGCGGUCUCCACGAGAUCAAAUAUGCGCAAUUUGCCAAUUAAAAAGCAUUAGAUAACAUUCUUAAACCUUAAACACGGUUUACCGAUAACUUUACGAAUGAAUUAGGGCAACAAAAAAAGUUUAAAGGAAACUAGCACAAUUCGAAAAGACUUAAUGGCAAUAAAAAUGCACA